AUGCUCUUCAGCACUUCCACCAUCGCGGCCAUUGCCGCCCUCACCUCCCUCGGCGCAGCCGCUCCCAGCCGCACACUCGACGCCCGCGCCGCCGCCGGCAAGCUGACCGUGUACUGGGGUGCCGAGGACGACAACCUGUCGCUGAUGGACGUCUGCAACGACCCGACCUACGACAUUGUCAACCUCGCCUUCCUCGCAUACUUCAAUAAGGCCGGCGGCUACCCGGGGCUCGAGAUGUCCGGGCUCGACGGGCCGUCCGCCGCGCAGAAGAAGGCCGGCGCGACCGGCCUCAAGGACGGCAGCCCGCUCGUGCCGGCCAUCAAGAAGUGCCAGGCCAACGGCAAGCUCGUCAUCCUGUCCAUGGGCGGCGCGACCGACUACUCCAACGUCCGUCUGGGCAGCGACUCCGAGGGCGAAAAGGUGGCCGACCAGGUCUGGAACCUGUUCCUCGGCGGCACCGACCACAAGGAGCUGCGUCCGUUCGGUGACGUCAAGCUCGACGGUGUUGAUCUGGACAACGAAACGAACAACUCCACGGGCUACCUCGCCAUGACGAAGCGCUUCCGUGCCAACAUGGGCAAGGACGGCAGCAAGAAGUACUACAUGACGGCCGCGCCGCAGUGCCCGUUCCCGGACCAGUCGGAGCCGCUCUCCGUCUGCAAGCUGCUCGACUAUGUUUGGGUGCAGUUCUACAACAACGGCGACUGCAACAUCGCGCAGUCGGGCUUCAACGCCGCCGUCAAGAACUGGUCCAAGGGCAUCGGCAGCGCCAAGCUCUUCAUCGGCGGCCUGGCCUCCGGUGCCGACGGCGACGAGGGCUACGUCGACUCCAACACGUUCAUCAAGGCGAUCAACGGCGUCAAGGCCAUGAACCUGCCCAACUAUGGCGGCGCCAUGCUCUGGGAGGCUCAGCUGUCCAAGAACAACGGCGACUACGCCAAGAAGAUUCGCAGCUCCGUAUAG